UUAGUAAGAGUAACGCCCGUUUGGUAUGGCAGAACUAGCCUUAUGACCUGGCCUAGUAGUAUCCGCUUUGUGGCCUUAUUUAGUGGGACCAAUACCCGUACGGUCUCACAGAACUCGUCUUGUGACUUGGCCUGACAAAAUCCACCUUAUGGCCUUGUGUAGUGGGACUAAUGCUCGUAUGGCCUGGCGGAACCCACCUUGAGACCUGGCCUGGCGGAAUCCACCUUGUGGCUUUGUUUAGUGGGACCAACACCCGUAUGGUCUAGCGGAACUCGCCUUGUGUGCUAGCCUGGCAUAAUUCGUCUUGUGGCUUUGUUUAGUGGGAACAAUGCUCAUAUAGUCUGGAGGAACCCGUCUUAUGACCUAGCCUGGCGGAAUCUGCCUUGUGGCUUUAUUUAAUGGGACUAUUGCCUGUAUGGUCUGGCAGAACUUGGCUUGUGACCUAACUUGGCGAAAUCCACCUUGUGGCCUUGUUUAGUGGAACCAAUGCUCGUAUGGUCUGGCGGAACCCGUCUUAUGACCUGUCCUGGCGAUAUCCACCUUGUGGCCUUGUUUAGUGGGACCAAUACCUGCAUGGUCUGGUGGAAUGCGCCUUGUGACUUGGCCUUGAGGUAUCCGCCUUGCGGCAUUGUUUAGUGAGACUAACGCCCAUAUGGUCUAGCUGAACCCGCCUUAUGACCUGGCCUGACAGUAUCCGCCUUAUGGCCUUAUUUAGUGGGACUAAUGCCCAUAUGGUUUGGCGGAAUCUGCUUUGUGACCUAGCCCGGUGGUAUCCGCCUUGUGGCCUUUUUUAGUGGGACCAAUGCUUGUAUGAUUUGGUGGAACCCGCCUUAUGACUUGGCCUGGCGAAAUUCGCCUUGUGGCCUCUUCUUGUGUUCCUAAUCUUUUCCUUUUCAAUGAGGAAGGCAAUCCCAUUGUCACUUAUCGCUGAAGAAGACAACAUGUGAAAAUGCCUCAUUAGCUUUGUUAUUAAAAGAAUAUCCUUCUAUUACAGAUAAUAUGCUUAAGGGGAACCAUUCGGUUCACUCAAAAUGCAAGCUCAUAAGAUUUUCGGGUGGGUGACUCCAGAUGACUUUCGGGAUUUUCAAAAGUUUCCUACCUACCCGAGUAAUUUUGUUUGCAAUCUGCUCACUUCCCCUACCCCUCGCCAAAUCCUUUUAUUAUCACAUGUAUGACCCCUAUGGGUUCUCUAUUAGGAGUUGUCUCAGAGGUUGUUUCCUCGGACUCAGAUCUUUUCUCUUUUUUUUUCCUUCCGUGUGAAUUUUCAAAGGGUAUUGUCCCUUCUCAGCCUUUUAAUCUCGUCGUUUAGUUGCCGAUGUUCUUCUGUUGUUUGGUUUUGAUCUCAUCCUUUGUCUUGUCUCAUUUCUCCUCUUUCUCUAGGUUGAGCUUAGGUGGCCAUCUGAUUUCUUUAUCAUUUUUCCUAAUCUACAUCAGAAUAUAAUUUUGUGAGUCACUUAACGGAGUGUAAUUCUUAUACUUACUAUAUUCAUCCCUCUUUUGUGAGAUGGGAUAACUCCUAUGAUCUCCUUUAUGUCUUCAUCUCUUGGACUUUUGACUUUACUUUGGAUUCGCCCUCUUAUCCUUUUUUAAGGCCUAGACUUCGUCAUCCAGCCUACUAUAUUUCUGGGCUUUGUCUAUUAACUGUUUAUACAUCACGGCUAGAUUUUUAAUUAAGGAAUCCAUGAAUUUGAUGUUGUGGGUUCCUUCAAUGCUUUGUAUUAAAACGAGAGAUAAAGCUCCUUAAAGACUCACCCUCUCCCUAGCAGAUCUUCUGCAAGUCAAAGGAAAACUUUUUAGGUGAUAUGCAAGUAAUAAAUAUGAAUUUAAAUAACGUGGCAAACUGCGUAAAGUUUUAAACUAAACUUGGGCUUAGAUGUUGGUACUAUUUCUAAACCACCUGUAAGCGUCAACGGAAACACUCGGCAUAACACAAAAUCAUUUACAUCCUGAAACUACAUGGUCAUCUUGAAUAUUGCCAGGGGUCUGUCAUUUCGUCAUAUUUGUCCAAGCUAGGCAACUUGAAUUUGGAAGGAAAGGUUUUUUGCUAAGAUUUCCUCUGAAAGAGGUGAAACACCAUCUAGACUGAAGUCUUCUUCUUAUUCCUUUUGGUACUUUUGCACGGCUCGUACUAGCUUUCAAUCAACUCCUUUCAGGGCCUUGUCUAAUUCAUCUUCAAACUCAGCCCUUCCUAGGGGUUGUAUUUUGAAUGCUUUUGUUUGAACCCUUAGGGUGUCUACAAAGAUUCCUCCUUUCCUCUGAGAUCUAUUUUUUAUGCUUCUUCUCGAGCUUUAUACUGCUCGAGGGUAACCUGCAACCUUUGGAUGUACUGGAGUAUCUGUUCAUUAUUUAAAUUAUUGAGGUUUGCUUUGUUGACCACUGGGGGUGUAUUUUCUCUAUUGUCAGGAAUAGAGAAAACAAUGACUCCCUCGUUGGUAGCAAUAUUAGCAGCAGCUUGCGAACUACUGGCCAUGUUGGAGGUGAAAAGAAAGAAAUUUAUUCUCGAGAAAAUGAGUAGGAGACCAGUUGUAAUCUAAAUGAAUAGUAUUUAAAGGAUCUCCCGGCAGCGAAACUAAAUGAUGUUGCUGAAAUUAAAUUGAUGACGUGGCUGGAAUGAGACUGUACUGUGAUUUACUAGAACCUGCAUGGAAGAAAAUGUGAGGUGGUGGUGGGUGCUUAUGGUAGCCACUCCGGCACUCAAAUCAGUAUCAAUAAGUAUAGAGAAUGCAAGGGAUUGUUUAGAGCUUUAUGUUAGAGAAUAGCGUACAUUUAUUUCUACGAUUCUUCUCUUUUUAUACUGUGAGAGAUAGAGAUGAAUAUCGUGUUUUUUUUUAAUAACCGGCAGUAAUGUGGCCGUCUGCUUAAUACGAGACGUCUCCGGCUAAUAAGAAGGUUUAACUAUUUGACUUUGAAAAUCUUUCUACACUAGAAAUUAGUGUUUAGAGGAUAUAAAAGCCUCCUAAGGUGGUCAGCCACACUAUAAUAUUGCCACCUUUUGUUAUUUUGAAAUAUUGCCGCCUUUUGUUAUUUUGAACAUUUUAUUUUAAUUAAUAAUAAAGUCACAGAGAUAGUUAUAAGAUUUUAGACGAAUAUGUGAAGAAGCUACAAAGGCAUAAUCCAGGAACUUUUGUCAAAUUUCAGUUUGGAGAUAGGCUUUCAGAUAAUGAUCCAAAAGUAUUUAAGAGGAUGUCUUUGUCUUUUAAACCAAUUGUAGAUGGCUUUAAAGCUGGAUGUAGACCAUUUAUAGGUGUUGAUGGUUGCCACUUGAAGGGUCCAUUUGGAGGUGUUUUGCUAUCAGCUAUAUCACUUGAUGGUGAUAAAGGUGUGAUUCCUUUAGCUAUUGCAAUUGUGGAGAUUGAGUGUGGUGCAAGUUGGGAUUUUUUCUUUGAUUGCUUGAAAACCUGCAUUGGUCCAAAAGAUGAUGAAACACCUCUGACAUUCAUGAGUGACAGACAAAAGGGACUUAUUGAAGCUGUCAAUAAUUGGUUUCCUGAGGCAUGUCAUAGAUUUUGUGCUAGACAUAUAUUCAACAACUUUAAGAAGCAAUAUCCUGGACUUGGUCUAAAACAAGAAUUUUGGAAUGCUGCUAGAGCCACACAUGGAUAUGAGUUCUGGGAGGCAAUGAAAAGGAUUGAAAGAGUUAAGGAUGGGAAGCCAUUUGACUGGUUAUUGAAGGUACCCAUGAGCCAAUGGAGUAGACACAUGUUUUGGCCAGAAGCAAAAUCAGAGCAUUUAACCAAUAACAUGACAGAAUCAUUUAAUGCAUGGAUCAAAAAAAUUAGAGGGUUGCCAAUUGUAAAACUGUUAGAUGCAUUUAGACAAAAAUGCAUGGUUAGACUCCAGAAGAGAUUUGCCAAUGGGACUUCAUGGGAAGGUAAGAUCACUCCUAAGGCUCGCAAGACAAUUAAUUCAAUCAUCAAGCAAGGGAAAAAUUGUAGGUUAUUGCCAUGUAGAAAUGAUGAAUUUGAAGUCACUGAGGGUGAUCUGAAAUUUGCUGUAAAGCGUCAGGAUAAAAAAAUGCUCUUGCAAAUGAUGGGACAUAAGUGGAUUGCCUUGCAAACAUGCAGCCUUGUGUAUUGGAUACAUGCGUCAAGAUAUUGAGGAUUAUUGCCAUUAUUACUAUCAUGUUUCAACAUAUUUGAAGGUUUAUGAAGGGGUUAUUCACCCAAUGCCACAAGCCAAUUACAGUAUAUAAGAUGAGUCUCAAUGCAUUAUGCCACCACUUUUGAAAAGGUUACCUGGGAGGCCUAGAAAAGCAAGGAAGAGGGAAGAAGGUGAAGCUGCUCCAUCAAAUGUAAGGAUCAAAUCAAAGACAACUAGAUGUGACACAUGUAAGCAACUAGGGCAUAAUAAAAGGACUUGCCAAAGGGCACCUAUUAAGGAGAAGGUAAGUAUUUGUGGAUAUUAUUUUUUAGAUCAUAUAGUGAAUAAAUUAAUUUAAUCUCAUUUUUUUUUGUAACAGAGAAAUGGCAGUUCAUCUAACAUACAUGGGAGACCUAUCUGAGAUGCCACAAGUAAUAAAGAUUUUGGAAGAUGCAGAUACUACCAAUACCCUUGAAGAUUUUGGAAGCUGGUUUUCUAUGGACAAUAUUGAUUUUGUACUUUUAUAUUUUUGUAAUUAUGGGUACAGAUAGUCCUGGUAAAUAGGUUAAAUUUUUUGGAGUAUAUAUGGGUACAGACUUUUGGAACCUUAUGAUAAUUUUAGGAUAUGCAGAAAAAAGUUAUUGGUAUGAUCUUUGUACUUGGGCAGUGAAUGGGCAAACUUUGA